AAAUGAUGACGACAAUGCCCUUCAACAGCCCAUUUUCUAACUCGUGCAUCUGUUUAUUUUAUACCACCCUACACUCCAUGAUCACUUUUAAAAUUUAAAAUAUUUCAGCAGGGUUGUCGCUCGUUGAAUCUCCGUACCGCUGUGGAGGCAGUUAAAGUAGCCACCUCCGUUUCUGUUAACUGUCAACGCUCAGGGCGAACUGGAUGUUUGCGUCUGUCAAACGAAUCAAACCCUUUGUCGUGUUCGUCAUGAUCGUGUCACUCCUCUCCCUCUGGAUAUUCUUACUCACACGCUUCACCAACUCGGCCUCAGCUCGUUAUUACUUGAAAUUACCUAAGGUGGCUGAGAAAAACCUCUACAAACUGGAUACUGCAUGGCCCAAUUUUCCUGAAUAUUUUUCAGGUCAAGUCUUUGGUGUUGCAGUCGACCCAGUGGCAGAUGUUGUCUAUGUGGCUCAGAGAGGAGAAUCGGUACCGAAGGUUUUGAUGUUUACAGAGCAGGGAUACUUCCUCCGAAAGUGGAAUACCACAACAAUUGAGAUGCCACAUGGGAUAUUUGCAACUAACACAGCGUCUUUGUCAUCUGUGUGGGUGACAGAUGUUGGAAAUGGAAAGUAUGGACACACAGUAAAGCAGUACACACCAUCGGGAAAACUUCUUCAAAUUCUGGGGACACCUGGAACACCUGGCUCUAAUUUAAAUCCGUUACAAUUUGAUCAACCAGCAGAAGUGUUUGUUUCUAACAAAGAGGAAAUUUACAUUGUGGAUGGCGAUGGAGGCUUAAAUAAUAGGCUAAUCAAGCUAGCUAAUCAAGGCUUAGGAAUAGUUUGGAUGAGAGCAGAAAAGGGAGCUGGACCUUCUCAAUUUUACAUUCCACACAGCGUAACUGAGGAUAAUGUAGGAAGAAUCUGGGUAGCUGACAGAGGAAACAAACGUUUGCAAGCAUUUGAUGCUGCUUCAGGAGAGUGGCUUGGGUCCUGGUCUAGCUGCUUCACAGAUGAUGCUCCUUACUCUGUGAGGCUAACAUCUGACAAGAAGUUCUUCAUUGUGGCCCAGCUGAACGUCAACAGAAUAGUUUUUUUGUCUGUCCCACCAAUAGGUGACAUUGGGACAUGCCGCAUAGAGGACACAAUUCAGUUGGCUGAUGAUGUGAAACCUCACCUAGUUGAUGUUAGUCAGAAAACUGGAGCCAUUUAUGUGGCUGAAAUCGGUGCACGUCAAGCUCAGAAAUUUAUACCUACAAACAGAAAAUAGCUUUUGUAACAUUCAUUGAAGUUACACUACCACUAUCAUAAUGAUGUAAAGUGCUUCAAAUGUGCAUUAAUAUUAGAGUGAGGAUAGAAUGCACGUGCCACAACCUGAUCUGAACCAUAAAAGUAUUAAUGCAAAGCAGUUUAAGGCACUCUCCCACAGGGUGUCUCAAAUGAUGUUGCAUUUUCACUGCAAGUGGGAUUAUUCCAAUCCAGUGUAAAGCUUGGUUUUAAAAAUUCGUCAGCUGAGAAUUGAACUAGGAAGUUUCCAGGUUUUAUUCAGGUUGUUCUGAGUUUGGCAAGCUGAUAGAGACAAGAUAAGUGCAGUACACUUGUAUUGCCCUACCUCUGUAUUCUAGGUUCAGGUGGGGCAGAAAUCCCCAAAAUGGGAUCCCUUCUCCCGAAUGCUAUCCAGUGCCCCUUGCUGGGAGUGAAUGUGUAGAUUUUAAUUGAAGACAAGAAUGGUUUUUGCUGUGAAAAGUCCUUGCAAAUCAAAUAAGUAACUGAUACUCAAUAGCAAGGCUCAUCCACAAAUAAUGACCAGUUGAGGGAUGAAGUGCAGCUCAUGAAACCAUAUCCCAAAAAGGAGUUAAUGAAAGAGAGGAGGGAUAUGUUACCAAAGUAUUGAUGUUAAAUUGUUUUACCUUUCCAAAUACAAUGUGAGGUUUAUAUUAAAAUGAAUGAAAUGUAAUGAACACACCAUGAAAUAAAAAAAAUGUUGUGGCUAUUUGAAA